AGUGAAUGGUUUUACAAUAUACCAACAUUUACGAUAUUUUAUUGCUAAUGAGCUGGAAAUUACAAAAAGGAAUUAUAAUCGGAAAAAAAUAUUUGAUGUAUUAUUUUCAGGUGCACAUAAGUUCCCAAAGUCUUCGUGUACUAUAUUUAUUAGUUUUGUUUUCCGUUUAAUUCAGAAGCAAUUCCAAAACACAAUUAACAUCGUCUCAUUUCCUUGACCAACGCUCAAUGGUGGAUCCAGCACGACCACGACCACCUCAAGUGUUUCUCAAUUCAGGCGCAACCGAGUUGCCUGAUGAUUUCAUCAAACAUCUCGUGUCGGGCUUGACCGAUCUAGGGAUACUCAACAUUUUCAUGGACAGAGACGACUGGUGGGGAAGAGACCUAGACCGUAUAUUUACCUGCAUCGAGGAGUCAACAAUCGCGCUCGUUAUCUUCUCACCGUCUUAUCCAGAGACAGAGUGGUGCUUGGACGAGCUUGUUAAAAUGAAGGAACGAGCAAACAACAACAAACUAUUGGUAAUUCCUAUCUUCUUUAACGUGAGCAAGAACGACGUGAGAAACUUUGAGGGAGAGUUUGGAGAUCGAUUCAUGGAGCUGAGAAAAAGAUAUACGAAAUACAAAUACGAUCCUUUUAGGGUUCAAAGAUGGGAAACGUCGGUGAUGACUAUUUCAAGAAUGGAGGCCAGUUUGACGUGGGAAACACAAAGCUCGAGUAUCUCUAUUGCCAUGGAUAUCAUUAGGGAGGUUAACAAGGAGCUAAACAUAGCCUCGGAUGCGGGAUUCUCCUUGCCCUUAGGGUUGCACAAAGAUAUGCAUUCAAAAUUGACGAAUGGAGAAGUGUUUGUUUCUGCUUUUCUUGUGGCUUUUCUCUUUAGACUCUUCAUAGCUCGUCUUCUUUUCACAGAUAUGACCUUUUUCGGCACUGCAAAGUGGUUAGUAGGUUUCCCAAUUGCGAUUGUUGUAUUAUACCAGUUACAUUGUGCAUUGACACAACAAAACAGACGAGCACCUGAUCCUUGAUUACUAGAGAUCAUGAGGUUGGCUGUUUUGUUGUACAUCGGUGUGUUAUUCUCUACUUUGUUACAUUUUCAUUGGUUUGUGUGAUUUUGAGCAUUAGGGAAAUUAAGAGAUGCGUGCAUGUUGCCCUGUUGUUUUGAUUUUCUCUUGAUAAAGUGUUUAUUCGGUUUAUGAUCGUGUUGAAAAAAACAAAAGCUAGAUAGGAUUUUACCAGUUUCACUAUGGGAGCUCUUGCAUCUAUCUUGGACCUCUUUGGUCAACAUACGCAGGGCUAGCUUUACAAAAUUCCACGGCCCUUGGGCAAUUUUUUUGUUUAUGGGCUUUGUAUAUGUUUAAUUAAAAAUUAUAGUUAACAUAAGUCUUUUUUAAAUGAGAAAUACCCUAAAAAUAGGAUAGCAAAAAAAAAUAUCUCACAAAAGAGCAUGAAAAUAAAAAUAACUAAAAU